AUGCGUACAAUAAAUUUGUCUUUAGAUCUGAAACCUUGUCGAACAAGUCGAUUGUUGCUAGUGAACAAUAAUAAUAAUAAUAAUAAUAAUAAUAAUAAAGACAUUGAACAGCAACAUCAACAUUUGACUCGAUUUGAACUAGACGGUCUACAAACAUUAUGUUCUCUCUUACGCAAAUUAAAAGACAAAUCGAUCCCGGAAGAUCUUAUUCAACCACAACAACUUUUGGAAUCAAUGGAGCGUCUUCUUAUUGAUCAUGCUUCUGAUGAUACUUUAUUAUCAAUAACUGGUCAAUCGAUAAUUCAUUACAACUAUAAUCAUCAAUAUUCAUUCGAUACAAUUAACAAUCAAAACGAAACGGAGACUUUUCGAGGCAUUAAACGUAAAAAUCCUGAUAAUAACAAUAUGCAACAAUCAUCAUUUCAUCAUCUUCAUCCUUCUCAUCAAUAUGAUACAUUAUCAAUGCAACAACCAACUACAAAUGUUGUUACAUUACAUCCAUCAACAACUGUUUUAUUAAGUGGACCAUUAGCUAGUUCAAAUUCAUCAAAUUAUUAUUCUUCUCAUCCUCCUCCUCCACCUCUUCCACCUCCACAACAACAACAACAACAACAACAACAACAACAUUAUGUUAAUAAUUAUAAUCAAUAUACUCCAACAAAAUCACCAACACAACAACAUUAUCAAACAGAUAAAAAUAUGAAUGCAAAAGAUCGACAUAAACGUGUUCGAUGUAAACAAUGUGAGCCAUGUUGUCGAGAUGAUUGUUCUGAAUGUGUACAUUGUAAAGAUAUGCCAAAAUUUGGUGGUGUUGGAAAAAUGAAACAAUGUUGUUUAACAAAACAAUGUAUUGCACCAAUAUUACCAUCAACAGCAACAUGUCAAGUUUGUUUAAAAAAAAAAGGUUCAAGAAAAUUAUCUCAAUUAAAACCUGAAGAAAUUCUUUAUGAAUGUGAACGUUGUAUGGAAAUACAUCAUUUACCAUGUUUUCAUACUACUCAUUCUGAUGUAUCUACAAAUGAAGGCGUAUUUAGUGAUGAUAUACCUGAAACAUGGUUAUGUCCAAAAUGUAUCACAGCUAAUACACCUGAACCUCCUUUGUAUAAAUUACGACCUAUUGUUCGACGAACAUUAGUUACAACAAAUAAAGGUAAAAAUGGACUUAUUGAAUUACCAUAUUCAGAUCCUUCACAACAACAACAGCAACAACAACAACAUCAUAUUUUACAACAACAACAACAGCAACAGCAACACCAUUAUCAUAUGUAUGGAACACAUAUAAAUACGAAUUUACAUUAUACAGAUUCGUAUGAAAUUAUGGAAAAUGAAGCAAAAAAACGUCGUCUUUAUGCAAGUAUGUAUACAACAAAUGGAAAUAUUGAUUCACCUGGAAUAACAACCAAUCCAUCGUCAUCAAUGCCUAAUAAUCUUGUUGCUCUUGACGAUCUUUCACAAUCAUUGAAUGAUUCGGAUUUAUAUAUUCCACAAAUGUUUGCUGUUUAA